AUGGCAACAUCAGCAACAACCGCAUUGCCUGCGGACGUCAAGCGCGCGUCCGAUGCUGUCUCUCGUCGUGCUGCGGCGGGUCCAUCGUCAUCCACGCGCAAAGGUCGAUUCGCAGGUGGAAAGAAGAAAGGGAAGAAAGGAAAGAGUAUCGUUUCCGUGGCUAACAAAAGGCAAGCUUCCAAGUGGUACAGCCGGUAUUUCGAAGUGGAGGCACAACACCCACAAGCCCUAGCGGGAACAUUCGCGUUUUUAUCCGACCCCGGCGACGUCUCCAAGGGAUCUCAAGCGAAAGCCAAGAAGAAAAAAUGGCUGGAAGCUCAGACGACUCAUCAAAUUCAUCGCCCUGCUCGGCGUAAUUAUACUCGUCGUCCCUUUGUAGUAUUUUCCAUGGACGAGCAAUGGCAGAUGGAUUUAUCAGACAUGACUUGGGACAAGCCCGCCAGCGAUGGCAUGGGUUGGAUAUUAUUCGUGGUAGACGUGCUGUCUCGAUACUGCUGGGUAAGACCGCUAACGCAAAAGACGGGAGAAGAAACGGCCCGUGGUAUUCGUGAAAUUUUUAAUCAAAUGGCUCAAGACCCAGACAAGAAACAUACGUUGCCUCAUUCCGUUUACGUAGACAAGGGAACUGAAUUUUACAACAAGGACGUGAAAGAAUUAUUUGCCAGCUGCGCCAUUCCUCCCAAGCUUAUGUCGGGAGAGUCCACCACCAAGGCGGCCAUCGUACAGCGUACUUUGAAAGGAAGGUUGUGGAAGUACUUUUACGAAAAUGGGACUCGACGAUGGGUGGAUGUGAUUGGUCCCUUGGCCGAUUCGUACAAUCAUCAACGACACGGAACAAUUAAGCAAUCGCCUGCCUCGGUUAAUCGCGAUAACGAAAACGAGGUAUGGAAACGAUUGUAUGGAGAGUACGGUCAAGAGCGAGGCAUGAGGCAAAAGCUAAAAGGUCCUUACAAGUUUAACGUGGGCGACGUGGUUCGAAUUAGCCGUCAAACCACUAUCUUUGACAAGGGCUAUUUUCCACAAUGGUCGGAAGAAUGGUUUAAGAUUCGAGCUCGCGACCCAGGCCCUCCCGCGUAUUACCGCUUGAUGGACUACGAUGAAGAGGACGAAUUAAAAGGCACCUUUUACGAGGAAGAACUGCUCAAAGUCGAGGAAGAAGAAAUAAAGCACAUGCGUUAUCGCAUCGAGAAGGUACUUCAACGUAGAACGGAUCCCGCUACAAGUCGUCCUCAAGUACUGGUCAAGUAUCAAGGGUGGCCUGAAAAGUACGCCAACUGGAUUGACGCCCGACAAGUAGAAGAAUUGGGUCAACCGCCCAAAAAGAAAAAGAAAAAAUAA